UGUUCGUGUCUCUGUAGUUUCUUAAUGUCUCCCAUUUUUUGCUUCUGGACAAGAACUUUGUAAUAGCCUAUGUAAUUACCGCCACCACAUAAACAUAUUAACAAAUAGGUCCCAGACUUAAUUUCAUUUAUCAAAUACACCCUAAACUGAAGAAAUUCAUAAUCAGAUUUUAAAAUUUUGUUGGGGUUUUCAAGAAUGGAGAGUGGCAGUGAUGAAAAUGGAGGAGGAGCUAUGCAAAUGCUUCAAUCAUUCACUAGUUACAGCGGUUCUUCUCAAAUGGGUAAUUCUAAUAUGCGUCAAGGUUUUAAUGUUGAUGUGAGUAAUAAGAGAAUCGGUGUGCCGCCUUCUCAUCCGAAUAAUUCGCAGUUUAGUACGGCUUCAAGGUCAAACUCUCACCGGUCUUCUUCAUUACAUUCAAGGUCUUUGUCUCAGUCUUGUGUUUUUUCUCUUGAUUCUUUGCCUCCUUUAAGUCCUUUGCCUUGUCUGUCUACUCAAUCUGACCCUGAUUUUUCAAUGGAAGACAAGGGUUUGUCGGCUCCUUCUCCUCGUACUGAUAGCUUACCUCCUCGUAGAGCUCAUAGGCGAUCAAUGAGUGAUAGUAUUCCCUUAGCAUUUUCUACUAUUAUUCAGUCAUCUCCCCAGCUUAUACCGAUAGAGAAGAAUUCGGGUAUCGAAAAACGUAGCUCUGUAGAUGGGAGUGGGAAUAAUGUAGAAGGGAAAUCUCAGGGAGAAGUGGUGGAUGAUUUGUUUAAUGCUUAUAUGAAUUUGGAUAAUAUUGAUACUUUGAACUCUUCUGGUACUGAGGAUAGGGAUUUGGAUAGUAGAGCCAGUGGUUCGAAGGCGAAUGGCGCGGAAAGCAGUGAUAAUGAAGUGGAGAGUAGAGUUAAAGAAGGGCUUAAGAGAAGUGCCGGUGGUGAUUACACGCGAGGCUCUCGCCAUUGUAGAAGUUUGUCGAUGGAUAGUUAUAUAGGAGGUUUGCAGUUUGAUGAUGAGUCUUUGAAGUUUCCUCCUCUUGGCCAGCAGUCACCUAGAAAUUCAAUUGAUGGGAAAUCGGCUAAGUUCAAUUUGGAAUUUGGAAAUACUGAGUUCACUGAAGCUGAGCUCAAAAAGAUUAUGGCAAAUGAAAAGCUUGCUGAGAUUGCUAUGGCUGACCCCAAGCGUGCAAAAAGGGUUUUAGCUAAUCGUCUAUCAGCUGCUCGUUCUAAGGAGCGGAAAACACGAUAUAUGUCAGAGUUAGAGCAAAAGGUGCAGACUUUGCAGUCAGAAGCAACAACCUUGUCUGCUCAGGUUACGGUCUUACAGCGAGAUUCUGCGGCUCUUGCAAGCCAGAACAAUGAAUUGAAAUUCUGUCUUCAGGCAAUGGAACAAGCAGCCAAACUUAAAGAUGCUUUAAAUGAGGCAUUAGUUGGAGAAGUUCAGCGGCUAAGGAUUGCUGCUGCCGAGCUGAGAGGAGAAAUGCACCGACAGCUUCCUAUUAAUCAGCAGAUGUUAAAAUUGAACCUGAACCCAUAUCAGAUUCAGCAAGACCAACAAAAACAACUACAACAACUGUCAAAGCAGCAUCAGCAUAACCAGCCUCAGUGCCAGCAGCAGAAUGGUGAGGCUGCUAGUAAGUUUAAAUGAUAAGUUCACUGGUUUAACACAGUUUUUUUGUUUAUUCUCACCUGGAUAGCAUCUGAACCAAAUCCGAGAUACCAAUAGUACAAACCCGUAUAGAAGUUUCUGUAUACGAUGAUAAGUUUCUGACGGUAGUAAAUUUUUUGAGGAUGUCAGUAAGCCAUUGAUUUGUUCAUGGGGUUUGUUGUGUUUUGCAUAAACCUGGUGCUGGGACGAUCAUUUCAUACUCUUUUUUUUUUUUGUAAUAGAGCAAUUUCAACUUUUGUCUAUAGCUGACGCUUUAGUUUUUGUUUAAGACUGGUGUUAUGAUAUUUAUGUUUCAGUCGCA